CAUGGCCCAAUUUUGAUUAAUGUUAUUUAAUUUCAUAUUAAUAGAGAAGUGUAAUAAUCUGUUGUGAAAUUUACAUAUUUGCAAUAAUGAGACAGAUCGUGAACAAUGUAAAUGAUGACAUAUUAAUCAAAUAACAGGGUUAUAAGGGUGUUAGGCGGUUGACAUUCGCCAGCUCAUCUAUUUUAUUGUUUCUAUCUGAAUAAAAAUCUAUUAUGGCAUUUGAAGGAAAUAUACAUGUUGAAAUUUCUCCAGCCUUUAUAGAUAUUUUGCAAAAUGACUUCAAAAAUCUAUCUAUGGAAUGUAAAAAGAAAUAUCCCCAAGUUAGAGAAGCUGCUGAAGAAGCAAUAUUAAAACUGAAAAGUGUUAUAUCGAAUCCUCAGAACACCUUAUAUAUUAUAAACCAGAUAAUUUAUCCAUUGUCACAAGGAUGCGAAACGAAAGAUGUGAAAAUAAUAAAACUUUGUCUUCAAAUAAUGCAAAAACUCAUAACACAUCAGCUGAUCGAUCAGAAAGGUGCUAUGUUCAUCACAAAUACUUUGUGGCUAUUGAUGGAAUCUGGUAUUGAAGAGGUGAAACUGUUGCAAUCAGCAACACUUCUUCUCACUACAAAUAAUGUAGUGCAUGGGGAUACACUUGCCAAAACAUUGGUUCUGUGUUUUCGCUUACAUUUUGCCAAAAAUUCUACCACAAUAAAUACAGCUGGUGCUACAGUUAGACAAUUAGUUUCUUUAGUUUUUGAAAGAGUUGUAUCAGAAGAUGAACACCUAUCUAAGACUGAAAAUCCUCCUCCAGCAAGGCAAAUCAACUUAGAGGAUCUAAAAAGUCCUAGUCCUCAUGCUCCAAAAGGUUUACCUCCAUGUGCAGCUGACGCUUAUCUACUCUUUCAGGACUUAGUACAGUUGGUACAUGCAGAUCAACCAUGCUGGUUGAUUGGUAUGACAGAAAUGACAAGAACCUUUGGUUUGGAGCUUUUAGAAUCUGUGUUAGUUCAGUAUUCUCAAAUAUUUUAUAAGAAUGAAGAAUUCAGUUUUCUCCUAAAAGAGAGAGUUUGUGCGCUGGUUAUAAAAUUAUUUUCCCCAAAUAUCAAGUAUCGUAAUACGAUGCCUCAAAAUGUCCAGCAAGCCACACCCUUCGAAAAGCCAUAUUUUCCAAUAAGCAUGCGCUUACUGCGAGUCGUCUCAAUUCUCAUUCAGAAAUAUCACAGCCUUCUGGUAACUGAAUGUGAAAUAUUCUUGUCUUUAAUUGUGAAAUUCCUGGACCCUGACAAGCCUAGCUGGCAAAGAUCGUUGGCUUUGGAAGUAUUGCAUAAAAUGACUAUCCAGCCUGAUUUACUCAACUCUUUUUGUUCCUGUUACGAUCUCAAUAAACACACAACUAGUAUUUUUCAAGAUAUAGUUAAUUCUUUAGGGGCUUACGUUCAGUCUCUCUUCAUUAAUCCUCAACUCCAGAUGAGUGGAAAUGGAACAAUGGUACAGAGCCAAGCUCCUGGUUACAUUGGGGGCAUACCUACAACACCUGGUAUAUCUCCUCAACCUGGUUUUCUUCUCAGAGGUGUUUGGCUGCCAAUUGUUACAAUCUUUCCCACAGGGCAUGCUCGGCCUGUUUAUUUAGAAAUGCUUGAUAAAAUAGAACCUCCUGCAAUACCAGAUGGUUAUGGCAUAUCCAUAGCCUAUGCAAGUCUUUUGGAGAUAAUUAGAUCCCUUCAAAUAACAAUAUCAGUACAACCCUUGCAAAAUCCAGAUCUGAAGACUAAAGAGCAUGAUUUGCAUUGCCAAUUAAUUCAGUCUAGUUGGUGUGGUUUGCUAUCGGCUCUGAGUCCUCUUAUUGAUGCCAGCACUGAUGAAGCAAUAACAGAGAAUAUACUAAAAUCGGUUCAGACAUACUCUGCAUUAUGUGGAGAGUUGGAUCUUACUGUUCCUAGGGAUGCUUUUAUAACAGCAAUUUGCAAAUCUUCUUUGCCUCCACAUUAUGCGUUUACAGUUUUGAAUACCGUUGCUUCUGGGAUCAACUUGAGAGCAGGUAUGACUUUAUUAAAUGCUGUAAUGAAGCAUAUUGAAUCCCUUUUUUUAGGACUUCGCGAGAGCCAAGAUUUGAGCAAUCUAGUUCCUCAAUAUACUGACCUGGACUGCAGGUUACAAGUGGUAGCUGUAGGGACACCUUUGCCAACUUCUUCCGUUCCUGCUGGGACACAACAAGGACCAGUAAUGUUAACUUCAAAGAAUCUACAGUCAAUGAGAGCUCUGUUGAAUCUAGCACAUUGCCAUGGUAGUAUUUUAGGUACUGCUUGGCAUCUAGUUCUAACAACCUUACAACAUCUGGUUUGGAUUCUGGGUUUGAAGCCAUCUACAGGUGGAAGUUUGAAAGCUGCUAGAGUUGCAGCUGAUACAAACAAUGUGAUAACCACUUCUGUAAUGGCGGAUCUUCCCGUUUUAUCUCAAAUGCUUAGUAGGCUGUUUGAAUCCAGCAAGAAUUUAGAUGAUGUGACAUUACAUCAUUUAAUUGAUGCUCUUUGCAAACUAUCCCAAGAAGCUAUGGAACUUGCUUAUUCUAAUCGUGAACCUUCAUUGUUUGCUGUUGCCAAAUUGUUAGAAACUGGAAUCGUUAAUAUGAAUAGAAUUGAAGUAUUAUGGAGACCUCUUACAAAUCACUUACUAGAAGUUUGUAGACACCCUCAUAUUAGGAUGAGAGAGUGGGGAGUAGAAGCUAUAACAUAUCUCGUUAAAUCAGCUCUUCAUUACAAACAUGCAGUACCAUUAAGAGAAAAUCAGAAGUUACAAACACUUCUAUUGGGUCCUCUUUUUGAAUUGUCAGCAGUUCCCCAUGGAGAUGUUAGGCAGAGACAGUUGGAAUGCGUAUUGCAAAUUUUACAUAGCGCAGGAGAAACUUUAUCUCACGGAUGGCCUCUUAUUCUGGGUAUUAUAGGAGCUGUGAAUGAUCAACAUGGGGAAAAUUUGAUCAGGAUUGCAUUCCAGUGUUUACAGCUUGUAAUAACAGAUUUUUUACCGGUUAUGCCCUGGAGAUGCUUGCCAUUGUGUGUUGAUACAGUGUCCAAAUUUGGAUCACAAACACAAGAACUGAAUAUUUCACUGACAGCUGUAGGCCUUAUGUGGAACAUAUCUGACUAUUUCUAUCAAAACCAAGGAAAAUUGAGCCAAACCUUGACAGAUGAUAUAACAGUCCUACCUGAUUUCCCUGGAACCUUGAAUAUGCCAAGUUUCGAUAAGCUUUGGAUGUGCCUCUACGCUAGACUUGGAGAACUUUGUGUAGAUUCAAGACCAGCUGUGAGGAAAUCCGCUGGUCAAACGUUGUUUUCUACAAUUUCUGCUCAUGGCAGCCUUUUGAAACAAUCAACAUGGCAAGCCAUUCUGUGGCAAGUUUUAUUCCCUUUACUGGACAAAGUAAAAACAUUAUCGAAUUCUGCUAGUAGCGAAAAAGUCGACGCAGGAGGAAAUAUUCUUAUUCAUCAUUCAAGAAACACAGCACAAAAACAAUGGGCUGAAACACAGGUAUUAACAUUGUCCGGAGUAGCAAGAGUUUUCAAUACCAAAAGACAAUUACUUCAAGCUCUCGGCGAUUUUUCAAGAGCAUGGGCUAUUUUGUUAGAAUUUAUUGAGUAUGCAGCAUUGAGUAAGAAUAAUGAAGUCUCUAUAGCUGCUCUAAAAUCAUUCCAAGAAAUACUUUUCCAAAGUAAAGGACACCACGGUGACAAACAAUUCGAAGAUAAGGAAAUUUGGCAAGUUGCAUGGAGAAUUUGGAUGAAAAUAGGGAUUGAAAUAACUCAACCGUAUUCGGCAGAAUUAGAUUCUGGAGAAGAUGCUUAUAUUCCCAGUCAAGCAUUCUUAACAGCACUUGUUCAAAUACUUCCUAAUGUAUUUUCACACAUCAAACAUAACUUCGGUUUGGAAGAUCUACGAAAUUUGAAUAGGGUCCUUGCGAAUGCUGUUAGUGUUCCUGUCUGCGGUGAAACUGCUCCUUAUAUCAUUCCAUCGAGCUCUGAUCUAACACUCACACCCUUACAUGAUGGUGUACUUCAUGCCAUGGAUUUGAUACAAAAAGAAGUGGUUUCGAGAGGUUUAGGUAAAAUGCUUCCGGAAAUUUUCAUUCAGCUUCUUGUCUUUGCAAAAUAUAUGUGCAGUCCACCUGUGUAUAAUAAAAUAGAGCAGAAGCAGGCUAGAAGUUCAGAGUGGGUUUCUAUGAAUUAUAUUCCGUUUGGAGAGAAGGCGACAAUGAUGGUUGUUAAAUUAUAUGAAAAAACUGCUGAAAAUCCUGAAGUGGUGAGUGCAGGAAUUCUUCAUAAAAUAAUCACCACUCUACAUACUCCUUUGGCUUUGAAAUAUGACUGUUCAUCAAGUUCAAUUUGGAAGUUAGCAGCUAAUAGCUUGAUUACUGUACUAAGGACUGGUAUCAAAGUUGCUAGAAGUCAUGGAAAUCAAUUUGCUCCCAUGUGGGGCGAGUUAUCUUCUGCCCUCAAUGAUUUCCUCUUCCCUGAUAGUUGUGCACCUCUGGAUAAGGGUAUAGAAGAAAUGGUUUCGGAUGAAGCAACAGACUGUCAAUUGAUAGAGCUUCUUAGAACAGAAGUACUUCCUUAUUCCACCGUUAUCCCAAAAGAUUUUAUCAUGCAAGUUGUUAUUCUAUUGAAUAAGGGAUCAAUUCAUUCUGCAACAAAUGUAAAAUCAGAUGUAGAGACUGAAAUAACUUUAAGGGAAGAAUUUGCCAAAACAUGUUUCGAGACCUUACUUCAGUUCUCUUUGAUGGAUGGAGAUAAUAAAUCAUUGGUCAUUAGUGAUGAAAAGCACAAAGAUAUUGCAGGACAAUUGGCUGUCACUUCACUAUUGCAGAGAUUCCAGGAAGUGUUGAAGAAAUAUAUUGAUGAUGAGAAAUUGAGUGGAAAAUGCCCCUUACCUAGGUAUCGUCUGUCAGAAAUAUCAUUCGUAUUAAAGGCAGUCACUACUUUAAUAAUAUCAAUGAAAAAAGCUUCUCUAGUAAAAGACAAUACAGCAUGGGAACACUUGAUUAGACUGUAUCCUUAUCUUGUGGAGUGUACUACUACAUCAUCGAUGCAGGUUUCUAGACCUCUUCGAGAAGCUCUUUUACAAUACUGUGAUCUACUACAACCACCCCAAAAUAAAAAAGCAAAUGGGAAACCAGAUCAAUUUGCAUAGUAAAACUGUUUAAAAUCCGUGGUUGAAUUUUUAGGUCGGUGAAGAAUCUAAAAAGACACCCCAAAAGCAAGAAUCUAUCAAGUAUAAUUCUGAUCAAGAUUGUAUAAUUCAGUAAUAUUUGAUAGCAGUCAAUAGUUUUCAGGAUAUUUACCUAGAUAUUUCUAAAUGGAAAAUUUGAAUGUUUUCAUAAAAUCUUCCUCCAUUUUGAAGUGUUGCAACAUUUGUUCAUUUGUUUUUAUCUUAAUGAAUAUUGUUUUUUUGAAAGUUGAAUGUUGUCCUUAAAUUUUGUUUUAUUUCAGAAACAGGUUCAGUUGAGUUCUAUUAGAUGUAUUAUAUUGUGUAAAUUAACCAAAUUAUCUAUUUAUUAUAUACCUACUUAGUAGAAAUAAAAGUUUUCACAUAAUAA